GCCAUCAUCAACAAAACAAAACAAAAUAUAUAUAUAUAUAUAUGUUUAUUAAAAAGGAAAAAUAAAAGAAAAAUCUUUUUUCAUUUUCCUCAGACAACAAACGCAUGAAACAAACGAACUAAUCAAUCAUCGAACUGAGGAAAAACCAAAUCCAAUCAUCCAAAUUCCCAAAACCCUAGAAACCAAGAACCCGUACACACAUUCGCCAGAAUCGAGAAAUCCGUUCAAACUCUGCUCUCACUGUUCCUCUGUUCUAAUCACACAAAAUCACGGUAAAUUGAUCGAUUUAUUUUUUUUUUUACUUACUGCCGGAAAAUUUCAUGAGAGUGCGCAAUAAUGGCGACGUCGAAGCUCAUUUCCUCUACUUCAGCCUCCUCCCGCAACUCCGAUCUCCGGCGGAAUUCGCUUACAAACCCGGAAUUUUACAACUUUCACGGCAAUCACAACGACAAGCCGGAUUUAGAUGGGGGAUUUCUGCGAAAUGCUUACGGCGGACCCAGCAAGGUUGAGAUUCAAUCCGCUGCUCCGGCGGUGGCGGAGAGUAGUAUGUUGAGUACCGAGAUUACGCUUCUGGAUGCUGCCGGAGCAAUCGCGCCGAUCACGGGCUCCGGGUCGUCGUCGUCGCCGCCGGUGAGGAAGAAGACGGUGGAUGAUAUAUGGAGGGAGAUUGUGGCGGGGAAGGCGAAGGCGAACGAGCCUAUGCCACCGAGGAAAGUGGAGUGUAAGGAGGAGGCGAUGGAGGAAAUGAUGACGUUGGAGGAUUUCUUGGUGAAGGCUGGGGCGGUGGAUGAAUCGGCGGUUUCAGGGGCGGUGGUGGAAGGGGAGGUGAAGCUUGAGCCGUUAUCAGGGGCGGGGCCAAGUGGGGGAAUGUUUUCUUUUGAUAAUUCGUAUGUGCCGAGGCAGGGAAGUGUGGACAGUGCAAUGAUGAGCUAUGGAAGUCUUGGUGGUGGAAUUGGUGGUGGGAGAGGAAAGAGGAGAACUUCCAGCUUGUUGGAGCCGAUUGACAAGGCCGCGGCGCAGAGGCAGAGGAGGAUGAUAAAGAAUAGGGAGUCUGCUGCAAGGUCCAGAGAACGAAAACAGGCUUACCAAGUUGAAUUGGAGUCCAUGGCAGUGAGGCUAGAGGAAGAGAAUGAGCAGUUACUGAAAGAGAAGGUAAUGCGAAUAAGCUCCAUUCAUAUCAAUGAUUAAUGUAGCAUUUUGUUUUGGUUUUUACAUUAUGGUUGAUGCCCAUGGUUGGAAGAAAUGAUAGAACACUAAGAAAUUGUUAUAUUGUCAGUGUUAGUGAAAUUAUUGUUACCAGUUGCUGGCAAUUUGUCGCCCUUUUGGCUGCAGCUUGCGGCACUCUUUGAGGAAAUUUUAAUGCUUUAACUUUGGUAGGUAUCAUAACUGUUAGUGAGAAGACAUUGGUUAUGACAAGUAAUUUGAAGAUGUAAUAUUUUAAUGGUUAAUCUGUAGAAUCAUAAGUUCUUGGUGAUGUUGCUGUUCUUCUUGUAUGGAAAAGGUUAGGAAUGCUUAUCUUCCUAAUGUCAUCAAUGUAUUACCCGUUAGAAGUUAUAUUCAACCAUAUAUAUUUCCCUUUGACUCCCUGUACUUGUUCUGUUGAAAUCAGUUAACUGGUUAGUUUUUGAGCCGUGCAAUACUUCUAAAACUUCUUCUCUUAUAGUACACUUUAUCAUGAGCUACAUGAGUUGUAGGUUAUUGAUUGUGACUGGAAGUUUGCGUGUUUGUAACCUCUAUGUUGCUGGAAGAAAGAGAGUGAGAGUCAGAGGGACUUGUCCAAAAUCACAUAUAGAAAAUGCGUCACUUUUCCGAUGUGUGCUUAUACAUCUAUCUGGUUGGAUGUUACAUAUUUCAUUGUUAUAGCAUCUUACGUUUCUUGGAAUCACAUUUUAUUCUUUGUCCUCUGUCUUCUAACAUUGGUUAGAUGUUCAUUUGUCUUUUGACCCAAAUAGAGUGUCAUGGAUGCCAUUAUGUUAACAGCAUAAUAGUGAGAACCUUCCCUGUGCAUUAUUUCUAUUAGUGUGAAUGAAUGGGUUGAUCACCAUGAAUCCACUCUUGUCGAGAAUGAAAAUUGUAGAUUUUGUGUGUAGCCAGAUAUUUCUAGUACUUGAUUAUCUGAUGUGUGUUGGAUCUUUUGCCAAAAUUCUGUCUUGCUGUUGUACUUUUUCAACUUACUGGCUAGUACUUUCUGUGCUUGAUUUUUAUCAUUAUUAAGUUCUACACAUAAGCAGCUAAUCUGGUCAUGAUUGGUUGAUGUACUUUUCAUUAUUUUCUGCUUUUAUUCUCUUUCAUUUCUGUAAGCAUCUUAAGAAUGGUGAAUUACACUAUGUUAUUAGUGGCAUGCUUUUGUUUUUAUUUGAAAUUUGCCUUCCCACAGAGGUUUGGAUGGUUAAGACUACUUUUGAGUUAAUUGCUGUGAGUACUAAUUCUUUUUUUUUUUUCAGGCUGCACGAAUGAAGGAAAGAUGCAAGUUGGUAUGUCUUUGAUAUUGUUAAUCUGUCUUCUUUCAUCUGCUGUAUGAUGUGUGCAAAAUGGAUUCUACAAUCUCUUCAAAUAUGGUAUCUUGGUGCAUUUAACUUGUGCUAUUUACUUAACACUGCUAUUCUAUAUGAGUAAAUAGAUGACUUUGACCUGCUUCUGAAUGUUUAAAGAGAUGAUAAAUUGCAUGCUAAUUGCCAAGGAAUAGAGAUCCGAGGGCUUCAAAGUCUCUGUCCUUUUUACAACCUCUUUCUAGUGCUGGUGGCUUGUUAGAUUUGUUUCCCUUCUUAUAGUUGAAUUAAUUUUUUAAGAAGUUCAUCUGCUCAUCUUGAGGGUUGACCUUUUCGUGUCAUCAACUGUCAAAGCAAGUCGAAGCAGUACAAAAUUCAGUUCCGGGUUAAAAUGAGUAAGGGCAAUAUGCCGGAGUUGUACAGGAUGUUUGUUUGGUAGUUGACAUCUUAUUUACCUUACUCACUUCAAAAUAUUUGAUGAUUGAGUUAUAUGUCUACCGAUACCACUGAAACUAGGUUAUAGGUUUAGCAACAUUUACCUCAGCAAGACUGAGCAUGAGAUAAGCUUGGACUAAUGCUUGAGUUGGAAAGGAUUUGACUCUACAAGAAUUGGCUUCUAAUGGUCUGUACGUAGAGUACAAGGAUUGUACGGGCGUGAGUAUUUUACUGUUGAAUUUCAAACUAGGAAAUCAGCUUGUAAUCUUAAUAAAAACUUUGGCACUGAAAGAAUAGUAGAUUGACUGCUUAUUGGGUGGGAACCCUUUGCCUCUUUGUGUCCAUGAUGUUCCUCUGCUGUUGUUAUAAAUGCUGGACUUGUUCUGUGGCAGUAACUGUGAAGUUGAACUCUCCCUCGAUAGGCGUUAUGAUAUUUAGGAUUGAAACGAGUAAAUGUAUUGAAUGCCAAUAUGGAAGAGCAUAAAGUAGAAUUACAUUUUCAGGAUGACUCUGCUUGCUAAAGUUGUUACUGAAAUUUUAAGUUGAUGUUGGAAUGUAUUGAUUUGUGGGACUGCAAAUGAUACCGUGAGAGGUUGAUUCCACAAACAUUUCCAAAAAUUUACUUGGGUUUUGAUGUUUGAUGCAGCUGAAGGAGAAGGUGAUCCCUGUUGUGGAAAAGCGAAGACCUCGACGUGUUCUCCGAAGAGUUCGUUCCAUGGAGUGGUGAUUGGUCAUAUCCGCUUGUUACAGGAAGGACGUUAGUGUCAUUUUCAUAUGGGACGCCACAAUAGCAGUAUUAUAGCUCAUCAGUAGUACUAAUUCUUGGUUAAAUAUACAAUCGGGAGAAUGAUUUUUGGUCAAUUCACCUGUUCUAGCUUUUCUUUGCCGUUUGAAAAUACUCAUUUUUGCUGUAAAGAGAACUGUUUUGAGUGUGAUCGGGUAUGAUCCCUCAGGCAAUGUAGAAUUUGUAGAGGGUAGUCAGGACUCAGGAGUAUUGAAGCCAACGGGAAAGUUCUCUUUUGGUUGUGUACCUAGUUUAUUAUUACUAUGUCACAAGUUACAAAAUUCGUAAAUGAGAAUAGAAAGAUGUUACUCUGCCGUGGUUAACUGCUUGUUUAUUUUAACAGCAUAAGGCACCA